AUCCAAUAACUUGAAAUCUUAUCAUCCAUCUUCAUAAGUUUUAGAAAGAUAUUCAAACUUUCAGAAAUUCAAACUUUCAGACAAAGGAAAUAGAAAUGGCUUUGUUGAGAAGCAUAUUGGGAGCAAAGAAGAUUCUAAGCCGCUCCACCGGAGCAGCUUCGGCGGCACCAAAAGGGUUUCUUGCGGUGUACGUAGGAGAAAGUUUGAAGAAGAGAUAUGUAGUGCCGGUCUCAUACUUGAACCAGCCUUCGUUUCAAGCUCUGCUCAGUAAAUCUGAAGAAGAGUUUGGGUUCGAUCAUCCGAUGGGUGGCUUAACGAUCCCUUGUCCCGAAGAUACCUUCAUCAAUGUGACUUCUCAGUUCCAGUGAUGAUGAUCCAACAUAGUGUUCUUGAGUUAGAGAUAGAGUUGUUCCUUGUAAAUAGAGGAUUAAGUUUUUCUUUUUCUCUUUCUUCUUGAAAGAGUUGUUUAAAAUUCUUUUGAAGUGGAUGCAGUUUUGAUGCAAUAUACAUAAUUACAUUUCAUGUUAUUA